GUGCAGGAAGCCAGGCAGCUCGCCUUACAGGGUCUUGUCCACCUCUAUAUAUAGCUCCGUGCAGACAGCUGCGUAGACUGAGAGUGGUCCAGAAGGCAAGCAGAGGAAUAGAAAGAGGAGGCCCCCCGCCACGACAAGGCAGAGGUACCCCAAGCCACCUACCAUGGCGCUGGGCUUGGAGCAGGCGGAGGAGCAGCGGCUGUACCAGCAGACACUUCUGCAGGACGGGCUCAAGGACAUGCUGGACCACGGCAAGUUCCUCGACUGCGUGGUGCGGGUGGGCGAGCGCGAGUUCCCGUGCCACCGCCUGGUGCUGGCCGCCUGCAGCCCCUACUUCCGGGCGCGCUUCCUGGCCGAGCCCGAGCAGGCGGGCGAGCUGCGCCUGGAGGAGGUGUCCCCGGACGUGGUGGCCCAGGUGCUGCACUACCUGUACACGUCGGAGAUAGCGCUGGACGAGGCGAGCGUGCAGGACUUGUUCGCCGCAGCACACCGCUUCCAGAUCCCGUCCAUCUUCACCAUCUGCGUGUCUUUCCUACAGAAGCGCCUGUGCCUCGCCAACUGCCUGGCCGUCUUCCGCCUUGGCCUCCUCCUCGACUGCGCCCGCCUGGCGGUGGCCGCGCGCGACUUCAUCUGUGCGCGCUUCUCACUCGUCGCGCGCGAUGCCGAAUUCCUCGGGCUCUCUGCCGACGAGCUCAUCGCCAUCAUCUCCAGCGACGGCCUCAAUGUGGAGAAGGAGGAAGCGGUGUUCGAAGCUGUGAUGCGGUGGGCGGGCAGCGGCGACGCCAAGGCGCAGGCGGAGCGCCAGCGAGCGCUGCCCACCGUCUUCGAGAGUAUCCGCUGCCGCCUGCUGCCGCGCGCCUUCCUGGAGAGCCGUGUGGAGAAUCACCCUCUUGUGCGUGCCCAGCCCGAGCUGCUGCGCAAGGUGCAGAUGGUGAAGGACGCACACGAGGGCCGGCUCACCGUGCUGCGCAAGAAGAAGGACAAGGGGAAGGAGGCAGCCGGCUCCAAGGCUGCAGUCAAGGGCACAGGCGAAGCCAAGGCAGAGGAGGAGGUGGAGGAGGACGAACGUAUCAUACCUGGGAUACUCAACGACACCCUGCGCUUUGGCAUGUUCUUACAGGACCUCAUAUUCAUGAUCAGUGAGGAGGGGGCCAUGGCCUAUGAUCCAGCAGCCAACGAGUGCUACUGUGCUUCCCUCUCCACCCAGAUCCCUAAGAACCAUGUCAGCCUCGUGACCAAGGAGAACCAGGUCUUUGUGGCUGGGGGCCUCUUCUACAACGAGGACAACAAAGAGGACCCCAUGAGUGCUUACUUCCUGCAGUUUGACCACCUGGAUUCCGAGUGGCUGGGAAUGCCACCGCUGCCCUCGCCGCGCUGCCUCUUCGNGGUAACGCACCGGGUGCAUUCGGAAUAUGUGUUGGGUGGGCGUGCGUGCAGAGACAGCGCACGCCUGACCCUGGCGCUCAUCCUACUCCCGUCCCCUAGGUCGUUCAAAUGGGGCGAAGCGGACCCGCUGCCCUACGCCGUGUACGGCCACGCGGUGCUCUCCUAUAUGGACUUGGUCUAUGUCAUCGGCGGCAAGGGCAGUGACAGGAAAUGCCUGAAGAAGAUGUGUGUCUAUGACCCUAAGAAGUUCGAGUGGAAGGAGCUGGCACCCAUGCAGACUGCCCGUUCCCUCUUCGGGGCCACCAUCCACGACGGCCGCAUUUUUGUAGCCGUUGGGGUCACAGACACGGGGCUGACCAGUUCAGCUGAAGUGUACAGCAUCGCUGACAACAAGUGGGCACCCUUUGAGGCCUUCCCACAGGAACGCAGCUCACUCAGCCUGGUCAGCCUGGCAGGCACCCUUUAUGCUAUUGGUGGCUUUGCCACACUGGAGACGGAGUCUGGAGAGCUGGUCCCCACAGAGCUCAAUGACAUCUGGAGAUAUAAUGAGGAUGAGAAGAAAUGGGAGGGCGUCCUGCGGGAGAUUGCCUACGCAGCCGGUGCCACCUUCCUACCUGUGCGACUCAACGUGCUGCGCCUGACCAAGAUGUGACCAGCCCGGAGGGCCUGGACCAAGCAUCCUUCCUGUCCUGUGGCCACAGAGGCCUGCCCUGUGGGGGCUCCAGAGAGGAGGCUGGUAGAGGCCGGAGCCCACCUGGAUCCCAUCGUGCCACCCAGGCUGCUGCUUCAGCAGGGGAGGAAAAUCGCUGCCCAGUCCUAGCCUUUCUGGCAGGGACAAGGCACUUAAGGGCUCAUAGGCGUCUCCAUAUCCUUGGUGUCUUUGUUCCACGGGCCAAAAUCACAGGGAGGUGUCCCAGGCCGCAUGUUGGCCCAGUCCCAGCUUGCAUGUGCAUGGGUAAAUUUCCCCACAGGACUCCGUCUCCUUACCUGUCAGAGGGGGAGGUAGGUGUGUGUGUCAAGCACAACCAGUGGCCUGGAUACAUCACCUUCUUUAGGAUGAAUAAAGUGCCUUCUGAGCAAGUA